AAAACUUGGGUGUUUCUUCUUUGUAAUAUUGUGUAUAUUGUGAGUCCAAAACCAGUGGGACCAGCUUCGUUGGCAUUGACAUUUCUAGACCUCAACAAUAAUUUAACAUCUUCCUCUUCUUCCCUCACCCUUCAAUAUAGCAUUAGCACCCUCAUUCAUAUCAUAUAACUCUCAACAUUCAUUCAUAAUUAACCCUCACUCACAAUAAUAUUAUUAUUACUCCUAAGUAACGUUACUAAUAUAUUAUAUUAUAUUAUAUAUAUACAUAUAAUCCAUGGAAGAAGAAAACAUGGAAGAAGAGAGAAACAGAAUCAUACCAACAUUUAUCAACAAAAACAUGAACACUACUACUACUCAAGGUGUUCAAAAGUCUCUGCAUGUUUUACGGCGAAGCCGAAGACGGUGCACAGAAGGUGGUGGUGGCAGCAAGGAAAAGAUGUUGAUAAAAGAAGUUGCUAUGAAUGAUUGUGCUGUUGAGGAGAAAGAAAAGGAAGAAAAAGAAGAUGAAGAAGAAGGUAGUGAUGAUAGAGAAGAAGUAGAGAGAAAGAUUCAUGCAUUGCAGAGGAUUGUACCUAAUGGUGAGUCUUUUGGUGUGGACAAGCUUUUUGAUGAAACUGCUGGCUAUAUUGUUGCUUUACAGUAUCAAGUCAAAGCAUUGAAAGCUCUUACUGGUUUCUUUGAAAAGUUGGAGAAGGACAAGACUAAACUUGGAGGUUGAUAGAUAUAAAUCAUUUCUUCAUCAAUUUCAACAUCUUCAAUCAUCAAUCCAUCAUAUCAAUAUGGAAUGAAUUCCUUAGGUUAGAGAGGUUCUUUUGUUUUUUUUUUCUUUGUUAAUUUUUUCAUAGACUCAUUAGUUUUAUUUAGAUUUUUUUUAAUUUUAUUUUUGGGUUAUUUUGUUGUACUUUUGGUUAAUUGGGAUCAAGAAAAAUAUUUCCCAUUUCUUAGAUUUUUUUAUUUCAAGUUUAAAUCCUUUUUUUGAAGUUUUAAUUUUAUUUGACAUGUUUUUGUGACUUUAUAUUGAUGUUUCUUGAUAGUUUAUUAUCAUCUUGUUUCUAGGCAAAAAAGAGGUUUGAGUAGGUAACAUGGUAUUGCAUCACACAAAUGUAGUUACGAGAUUUAGGAAAUUUUUAUAGGAAUCAAUUUUCUGA